AAAGAAAGGGAAGGCUAAUGGUCUCGGUAAUGGCGAUGCCCUAUGCGGAUUUGUUUGUAAACCCAUUUUUCUCUUUCAUUCUUCUUUCUCCUUCGUCUCCUUCGUUUCGGACAAUUUCACCGUUGGUGGAUUCUUCUUCUGAUAUCGAUCCGUCAAUUUAUGUGCACGAUCUUCUUCUUGGGGUUUCUUGUCAUCUGUAGGGUUGGGUAAUCAAGGCUUCAUCGACAAGUGUGGAUGGCGAUGAACUCUGUGUCGUUCAUCAAGCUACAAGUUGCUCGAAUAAACUCCUGCCAUUGCCGAGUUGCUAAUAUGUAUCAGGCACUGUCUAGUAUGGGAGCAAUGCACAGCUUGUGGAUGCCAGUAACUGAUUCAUAGUUCUAGAAUAGCUUAUUAGGGAAUUUCAGAGAAGCAGAUAUAGAGAAAUUGACACCAGAGAAGGUGUAAAUACGAUUUAGGCUUGUCCUGUAACCCAGUAAGCGAUACGUUCCUCUGCACGUUGGUGAUGGGCCUGCCGCAUACUGCUUCAGAUGAAGCUUUGCAAAGUCUGCCCGCAUAUGCAACUUCCCAUGAUUCCUGUGACCUUAAUGGGGAAACUGAGGGAAGCCUCUGCUCCUCUAUUGGGGAAUUUGAUCGAAAAACAUUGUUGGACCCUCCAGAGCUCUUAGACGAUUCUUGUAAAUAUCAUGGCACUCGGGCUGUUUCUUCGUCAACUGCAGAUGGAUCAAUUAUCUGCGCAGUGGAUAAGACUAGUUGGAGCCAGACUGCACUUAGAAGGGUAGUUGGGUUUGAAGAAAUUGGAACUAGCUCGGCAGAUAAUGAACACAUGGGCACCACUGCCAAUCACACUGAUCUGUCGAACAGUGGAUUUAAUGAAGUAGAGGCAGGUGGAUCAGUUGUCAGGAAACGGGUGCUGUCUCCUCUGAGUACUCUCUUUCCCGAGAGAUUUAGAGGUGACCUGCUUGAUAUCAGUAGUAGUGACCAACAUAAAACUUCUGCUGCUCUGAAAAAUGAGCUCUAUGUUCCUGCCACCCAAGAUCACAAAAAGGCAAAUAUCACCAGCAGAUUAAGUUUCUCCACUGUGCCCUCAACCACGGCUACUUCGAGCUGCUGGGAAUGGAGGGGCAUUUCUGCAAACUGCAGUAGACUCUCUUCUAUGGUUUUCACCGAUGGUCCGUUGCUAGAUGGCCAGGAGCAAGAGUCGACAAAAGGUACGGUUUGCAUAUGUUCACCUGUAUUUGAAACGUCUCGAGGACCCAAUAAGCCAUCACAGUGUGAUAAGGACGUAUCUGUCUCUCCACCUCUUUCUCUAUCACCACUUGGCCCAAGAUUUUUUGAGAGAAUAAAAGUUUUACAAGCACACCAAAAUGGGAAUAUACUGGAAGAUGAUCAGUGCGUUAGGAACGUUGGUGAAGAUGCAGAACUCAGGAUUGACCGUAGAUUGUUUGAAGAUGCUAAUGCUAUUCAGAGAAGCUUGUGUACGUCUUCAAUGGAGAGAGCUAUUGAAUCGGCUCAUACUUCUUCAUGUAGAAGGUUCUGUAGAAGCUUGAGUGGACGCCCCAUUCAGAGGUCCUUGGUUGGUUCUUUUGAAGAGUCCAUUUUGUCAGGAAGAUUAUCCUAUGGACAGACUAAUCAGUGCCUACUCCCAUUAAAUCCUAAUCAAUCUCUUUCUUAUACCCACUGUCAGAUAAUUGAUGGUUUUCUUGCCGUACUAAGUAUUGCUGGGGGAAGCUUCUCUCCAAAAUCACAGAAGCUGCCUUUCUCAGUAUCUAGUGCUGAUGGUGAUUGCUUUUUACUUUAUUACGCGUCCAUUGAUCUUGCUGGAGGAUCUUCUACAAACAAAUUUUGGCUUCAGAAGGUGAAAACAAAUCAAAAUACUGAUUCUCAGAGUGUCAAAAGCCGGUUGCGGAUCCCCAUGAAGGGCCGGAUACAGUUGGUUCUCAGUAACCCAGAGAAGACACCACUCCACACUUUCCUCUGUAACUAUGACUUAUCCGACAUGCCAGCUGGUACUAAGACGUUCUUGCGCCAGAAGGUCACUCUUGCCUCUUCUGUCCCAAGCAACGAAGCAAAGCAGAAUACACGAGACAAAAGCUCGCAAAGAGAAAGCUUCAUACAUGCAGACCAAACCCUCGGAUCUAAAUCAGUAGUAGAUUCACCGGAUGACCAUGGGAAAUUGGAUGAAACCCAUUUGACCGGACAUGAAAAUGGCUGUCCGGAGACUUGCAGCAAAACAGGGCAGAGCUGUUCAAAGGGCAAAGAAUGCAAUAACAGCUCCGGAGCUCUACGCUAUGCUCUCCAUCUCAGGUUUCUUUGCCCUUUACCGAGGAAAGCUUCAAAGUCGGAACGGAAAUGCAAAUCCGAUGAAACUGAAACUACACCUCGAAAGAAAAGCUUGGAGGCGGAUGGGGAGAGAAGAUUCUACUUGUACAAUGACAUGAGAGUUGUCUUUCCUCAACGGCACACGGAUUCUGACGAGGGAAAGUUGAAUGUGGAGUACCAUUACCCAGAAAACCCGAGAUACUUCCACAUCACCAGCUGAGAUCUCUGCUUCAAAAAAAAAUGAUGUACGUUCUCGUUUUCGCUUUUUCUUCCCUUGCAAGAGUAAAAUAAAUGGUCAUUGUUCAUAAACAGAGUCUCCUGAUCGUUUAAUCUUUUGUCUCUAAUCAUCUUUCUGGUUGCCAAAAAUGGCUCUGAUCUGACCUCCACUUUGUACAGAUUACGAUUUGGCUAUGGAAUUUUUUUUUUUAAAAAAAAUUGUUUUUGUCU